AUGAAGUUAAACCGUCUAAGUUUGCUAUAUUUUACUGCAAGUGCAGUGGUGGCCAACAACAAUUUAAUGCUAAAUGUCAACCUCGCCAAGCGAUCUCAAGAUUUAGCUAAACGAGAGGAAGCAGAAGCUCCACUCUCAGAUUCCAACUCGGAUGCAUCGCUAGAACAGAUAGAACUUCCUCCAACGUUGGGGAAAGACGAAUUCGAUGCAGUGACUAGCAAAAAUUUAGUCCUUGUUGAAUUUUAUUCACCGUAUUGCCUGCAUUGUAAAAGUUUCUUCCCCACUUGGCAAAAAGCAUAUAGGAUUUUCAAAACCAAAUUUGCAAAUCUAAACACUGAUAUGAGACAGGUGAACUGUAUUGAAAAUGGGGAUUUAUGUGAGCGUGAACUGAUUGAAUUUUAUCCCAACAUCCUUCUAUACGCACCCGUUUUGGAUAAAGAUGGGAAACCCACAGGUAAAUCAAAAAACAUUGGAUCAUUUCCAAGAACCUUGGAGAAAACUGAGGCAAACUUGGUUAGCUAUAUCCAGGAAUCAUUGGCUGACUACGACCUGGAAUCAGCAAGUAUGCCGUCGGCAUCAAAAGAAAUGAGUGUCGAUGAAAUAUUGAAAGCUGUUAGUGGAGAGAUUACAAAGCCAAUAUUCGUUUCAUUCUGGCAAGCAACCAAGAAGCAGUGGAAUAGUGUUGAUCUUGGUGGGAAAGUCAGAUUCAGCGACAACUGUAUCGAUUGUUUACACGUUAAGCAGUUGUGGGAUAAAUUGAGCAACAAGAUUGUCUCCUUAGCCGAUUCAGGCCAUUUUCUAUGUAGCGAUUACCCUAAGGUUUGCGAAAAAUUGGAAUUGGAUCUGUUCAAGGAUGCGAAAAGAUCAUCUCCAAAGUUUAUCAUGUUCUUACCUAAAGACAGAAAAGCUAUAAGAUUCGAUUAUGAUGGUCCCGUAGAUGUUGCAAAGAUGAAGUGGUGGGUCAAUAAGCUAUUUGUGAAUAGUGCCUACGAAGUGGUUUCAGCAAAAGGUAUUACUGAGGUUAUGGAGUUUACCAAAACCUUAAGACACGAGCCCUUUGCCCAGAAUUACCCAUUAAAGAGUAAGGUUACAGUUGUGUUUUUCUUUGAUGUGAAUGCAGUAACCCCUGAAGAUGAGGCUGUUUUACCAUACAUGUUGCGCACAUUACAAAAAUCGCCAUUCAACAUCCAAUUAUACAAGGGCAAACACAAUCGAAUUCUUGAGAAUAUUCAAACAAUGGGCGAAAACUUGAUCUCAUACAUUAACUACGAUGAACUGGAGAAAUACGAAUUCAAUGAAGCUAUGCAAAUUGCCACUUCAAUAACCCAAGUGCCGACAAUUGUUGUUUUGAAGGAAAAUUCAUUGAUCCCCGAGAUUUAUCAAAACUUUGCUCUUGAACAAAUGAGGAAAUAUGAUGAGAUUGAAAAGUUCCUUGAACGUGCCCAGUACCCAUUCAUCGCUGAAUUAACUCCAGAAUUGGUAUCGGCGUAUUUCGUUGACCCAGACUACGCAUUGGACAUAGCAGAUGCAAAAGUGGUUAUAAUCUUUGUUGAUUUGGAUAAUUUAAAAGAGACAGAUGAAGCAUUGUACCGGUUAUCCUUGGUAGCCCAUGAGUACAAUUUCCUUAAAAAGAGCUAUUAUUUCAACAAAAUUCUCGAACAAAGGGCAUCAAAGGAAGAAGAAGUUGAGAAAUUAAAGGCGAAAAAUGCAGAGACACUAAAAAUUAUGACGGCAAUGAGAAAACAAGUACCUCAUUUAUUCAACAAUGAUGAUGUCGUAUUUACAUUUAUCAACAAACCAACCCUGAAGAAUUUCCGAUACGUGAAGGGUUGGAGAAUUAGACCAGAUGAUUAUGACGUUGGUGACGCGAUUGUCGUGUCUAAGGAUCAUCGAUACUUCUGGGAUACCGAUUUAAACAACAAGAAAUUGAGGAAUGAACCAAAACAAAUCAAACUGGUGCUCAUGUCUUUAUUACAUAAGGAUAACAAUAUGCAGUUGAAAUUUGUUGGUUCUCCUUAUGGAGGAUUGUUUUAUUUUAUGAAUUAUGUUCAUGAUUUUGGAAUCGUGGGGUAUUUGGGGUUCAUUGUUGUUGUGUAUGCAUUAAUACACAUAUCCAUGAGGUUAAGGAGACGCAGGUAUAGGUCUCAAGGUAUAAUUGGAGUCAAUAAUGGGGCAUUUUUGCCUAAAAAGCUGAACAAGGAUUAA